UGCGUUUGGGUAGAGUGGCGUCGGCUUUAGGUGUCCACGGUGGGGCAGUACCUCCAAUGGUCCCUGGCAGUCCCCAAGUAUAGCCGCGUUUGGGCCUCGACGAAGGGGGUGCCACCAACCCUGGGAGGAAAGCGCAAGGUCAGCGGCGGCGCCAGGAGCAGGGGACAGUGCGGAGGGAGUAGCGUCCCCGGCCCAGCCUGGGAGCCGGGCCUGGAGCAGUCGAGAAGGCGGCCUCCUGCCGCCUAGAGGCGCCGGCCCCUUCGUCCGCUCUGCCUGUGCCCCGUCUCUAUGGCGGCCCCAACGGCCGUCCGGGACGGGGAGCGAGAUGAGCGCGGGCGCUGACGGCGGCGGUGGCCCUGCGGUGGCGGCGCGGUCGGGCGACGGCAGUCCUGGGGAGGACGGUUUCGUUCCGUCGGCGCUGGGGACGCGCGAGCAUUGGGAUGCUGUCUAUGAGAGAGAACUGCGAACUUUCCGAGAAUAUGGAGAUACAGGUGAAAUCUGGUUUGGAGAAGAGAGUAUGAAUCGACUAAUAAGGUGGUUGCAGAAACGCAAGAUACCAUUGGAUGCUUCAGUGCUUGAUAUUGGAACUGGAAAUGGUGUUUUCCUGGUUGAACUUGUUGGCAAAAUUUGGCUUCUCUAAUAUUACUGGAAUUGAUUACUCUCCUUCUGCAAUUCAGCUUUCUGGAAGUAUUACAGAAAAAGAAGGUUUUUCCAACAUUAAGUUAAAGGUAGAAGACUUUUUGAAUCUUUCCACACAGCUGUCUGGAUUUCAUAUUUGUAUUGACAAAGGGACUUUUGAUGCCAUCAGCCUUAAUCCUGACAGUGCAAUUGAAAAGAGGAAGCAAUAUGUGAAAUCUCUCUCCAGGGUGUUGAAAGUAAAAGGCUUUUUUUUAAUAACGUCAUGUAAUUGGACCAAGGAAGAGUUGCUAAAUGAAUUCAGUGAAGGAUUUGAACUUUUUGAAGAGCUGCCAACACCCAAGUUCAGCUUUGGAGGCAGAUCUGGAAACAGUGUAGCAGCGUUGGUUUUCCAAAAAAUGUGACUUACUUGGACAAAUUCAGGUAGCUACACAGAAUCUACACAGCAAAGUUACCCUGACACAGAAAAUCCAUGUGCAAAUAAAUGCUUAGUAAGAACACAGGCUGCACAUGUUGAAUAGAGUAUAAUAGAUUGGUAAAAGAAAAUAAUAAUCAUGAGCACCUAAGUGGUUAGAUUUUAGAGAUCAGUCAAGAAUAAUUUUCUUUUGUAUUUGAAAUGUAAAUACUUUUCUUUUUGAUUAAAAAAUUUCCCGUAACUGCUAAGCAGUUAAAAACUUUAAAGUAGUAAAUGAGUUUAUAGAAAGCAUGUGUUCUUGAUUUUUGUGCCUUCGUAAAGUUGAAUAUAACUAUUUAUGAAAUUUGACCAAAUUAUUCCAGCACCAGAAUAAGCAGCAAACAACUUUCUUAGUAUUUUGUUAGACUAUUUAUGAAAUAUAACAAGAAAUGCUA